AUGAUCGCUACUCACCAUGAAGUUAACGCUUCUCCUUCGGUCUCCCAAGCCGUUGAACAGGGGCUUGAAAAGAAACCUUUGCCUGCUAUCGUUGCAGGAGAGCUGGAGCCAGUCGUGGACAACUUGGUGAAAAAAGUCUUGUCCGACCCAGCUCCAUGGCUCGGUAGACUCCCAGCCACUCCUGUCUGUCCCUUUGGGCCCUCCACGCCGCCGCUUGAUGCCGACGAACUGGAGAAGCAGUUGGUAGACGUUGCUGAAACCAGAUGUCAGUCUGACUGUACCGACAUUGAUGAUGAUACUUCGCCAAGGAUUAUCGAAGCCAGGUUCAGGAAGGUGUUGGAAAUGUAUGUCUCCGAAUUUGCGCAUAGUGAUUAG